CCGCUGCCCGUGGGCAGCGCCCGCGGCGGGUCGCGUGUGGGAGCCCGGGGAUGGAGGGCUGAGCGGAAGCGGAGGCGCAGGUGGCGGCGGAGGAGGCCCGCGCAGUGCGCGGCCAUGGCGGCGCCGCCUCCGUCGCGGCUCCUCUUGCGGGCGGCGUGCUCCCUGGCGGCCCUGCUGCGGCCGGCCGUGGCGGCCCCAGCGGCGCUGGGCGGCGGUGCCGGGAGGCCUGGCCGCGACGUCUUCGCCACGCUCCUGGACGAGCAUGAAAGCUACUUGCCUGGGGUGCAG